CUUUAAUUCCGCAGGAACACUAUUAUGUAUGAAACAUUUGAAUGUAGAUGCACAUCUCACUUCUUUCAUCACGCCUCCCAGAGGAAUGUUUGAAGUUAUUUACUCACGUGAUUGCCGGAAUCCACGUGACGCCAUUUUCCCGACUAGGGUAGAGUGCAGAGUUUGCGUGAGAAGAAUGAGAGAUGUUAUUACAAACAGAUGGUGUAGAUUGAAGCAGACUGACGUUACGUAUAAUGAUUAUAUAUCAAAUACACAUUACAUGCAGUUACUGUCAUGUUUUUAUUUUCUAAUUUUUCAAUAACAACAACAACAAAAAGUAAAAGAAAGCCGAAUGCAGACAUCAGUGUCUCCGAAAAGCAAGUGUCUGUGGAGCAGGAGGUCCUCCAGACCACACCCAUUUCCUCUGGCCAAUCGCCAUCUUAUCUGCCUGUGCUGUAAAUGAUGUUGGCUUUCUCUGUUCCUGGAAUGAUUUACUGUCUGCACAUCGGGCUGUAUUUCUGAUGCUUUAUUAUUAUUAUUAUUAUUAGGUGAUUGCCUCUAGUGUUGCGCGGUUUAGGAUAAAGUUGCUUCCCCCUGGUACUGCACAUUGAUCAAGGAAAGUAAGCUUUUUCCUGCAUCUACUCCAGAAAAACAAUCUCAGAAAGAUGCAAGGUUUCUGGAUCCUGCUCUUAGCAGUUCAUAUUAUGUACUCCUUUGCUGCUACUACUACGACUAAGACCUAUCAUGAGAAACUGAUGUACGGACAACAGCUUAGUAUCAGGCUGCCGACUGGGGCUGAGAAUUUGGAGUAUGUCUCUGCGGAUGAAUCACAGAAGAAUGUCCUUUGGUCCAGAUUUUCCAUAACUAAAAGGGGAAUAGUAAUCGGAAGAGAUGAUAACAGAAAAUUUGAAAUUCUUUCUGUCACAUUUGAAGAUCAGGGAACCUACACUGUGUAUAACUUCUGGAACAAAAAGAUUUCCAUCCAUUUAUUGAAGGUUAUCACUAAAACAGGUAUCCAGGACUGUGUGGCUGGUGAAACCUUAAGCAUUUCACUGAGUGGUGUUUCGAAGAAUAAUGCCACACUACAUUUUUCAAACGAUGAUUUCAACCUCACUCUGGUGGAGCGUGGCUCACCUGUGGGCAACUUACAUCCUGAGUACAUGGGACGGAUCCAGGUGACUAGCAACAGCAUUGAGGUGCUCAAUGUCAAUGUGUCAGAUGUGGGCAACUACACACUCAGAGAUCGUCUAAAUCGCAAAGUCAAGAUCAUCUCUAUGAGAUUGGUUGAUCAUCAUGAGGGAGUGAAUGCAGGUCCUUUAAUGGGUCUGCUGAUGUUGCUUGGUAUACCACCCUGUAUCUACUGUUGCUGCAGAAAGAAGAUCUGUAAUAAGAGAAGCCAACACACCACCACCACCACCACCACCACUGUGAUGUUAGACAACCAAAUUAAUCCACCUGGACCUCCAGUAGACUACGCCAACUCCACAGCUAUUGCGGGCCCCACACCGGUCUAUACUCCUGGUUACCCUGCUGUAGGUACUGUUCAUCCUCCUCCUAAUCCUACAUUUCCUCCUCAACCACCCUACAGUGGAUAUCCUGCCACAUCACCUGCUAUGCCCCCUAACCCGCCCUUUAACCCCGGAUACGCUCCUGCAUCUGGGUUUCCUCCAGCUCAGCCUCCUCAAUGGAGUGGUGCUCCCUACAACCAAUCUGCUCCAGCUGGUUUUGCUCCAGUAAUGUACAAUGCUCCUGCUGGGCCUGAGCCAGUCACAGGGGAAAUAACUCCUAUGACUCCACUACUCACACCUCCACAGCCUGAGGUGGCACAGCCUCCAGCCCCAUACGCUGGGGCUAAUGUCAUUAACUCCUCGGACUCUGCUGCCCAAUUCAACAUCAACAUGGGAAAGGACUCAAGCUCCAACUUCCUGUAGAUUCUCCAGCCUCCUUCAGCCUCCUUUACAACCUCACAUGCCUGCUAAUUUAACCAAAACAGAGAAACCUUAUAUAACCAUGUAUACUGUGUGUGUGUGUGUGUGUGUGUAUAUAUAUAUAUAUAUAUAUAUAUAUAUAUAUAUAUAUAUAUAUACAUGUGUGUGUAUAUCUAUCUAUCUAUCUAUCUGUCUAUCUAUCUAUUUGUCUUCUGUCUGUCUAUACACUGAUCAACCAUAACAUUAAAAGCAGAUCCUUUAAGUCCUGUAAGUUGUGAGGUGGGGCCUCCAUGGAUCGGACUUGUUUGUCCAGCACAUCCCACAGACGCUCGAUCGGAUUGAGAUUUGGGGAGUUUGGAGGCCAAUCAACACCUUGAACUCUGUCAUGUCCAUCAAACCAGUCCUGAACAAUUUUUGCAGUGUGGCAGGGCGUAUUAUCCUGCUGAAAGAGGCCACUGCCAUUAGAGAAUACUAAUAAGGGGUAUACUUGGUCUGCAACAAUGUUUAGGUACAGUAGGUGGUAUGUGUCAAAGUAACAUCCACAUGAAUGCCAGGACCCAAGGUUUCCCAGCAGAACAUUGCCCAGAGCCUCACACUGCUCACGCCGGCUUGCCUUCUUCCAAUUUUAAUGUAGAAGAUCUUUUACUUUAGAUAUUUACUAAAAAUGUAUACUGUAGCUCUAACAAUGUAGAUAAGUCUAAUCUGUCUGUAAUGUGUUCAGUCAAAAUAGCAGAUGCAAGACAAUUUUAUACAAAACUUGCCUGGUUGAACUGCUAUUUAAUGUUAGUUCUAUGGAAUGCCUUUUUUUUUGUUUUACACCUUUAUCUUUUUGUGCACUCUGUAAAAACAUGCACAUAUCUUAGCCAAAGAAAUAAAAACAUGAAAAAUA